UCCCACUGCGUUUGUCAGAAGCUUGUUUGGAAACCACAGAGUUCUGUCUGAACAGCAAAAGAGGAAGCCAAGAGAAGUAGAGCAAAAUGGUGUCGGCUGGGAUGCAGAUUCUGGGCGCUGCCCUGGGCGUCAUUGGCUGGAUUGGCGUUAUCGUGGUCUGCGCUCUCCCUAUGUGGAGGGUUACGGCCUUCAUUGGCAGCAACAUUGUCACAUCGCAGAUCCAAUGGGAAGGCAUAUGGAUGAACUGUGUGGUUCAGAGCACAGGGCAGAUGCAGUGCAAGGUGUACGACUCCAUGCUGGCCCUGAGCUCAGAUCUCCAAGCCGCGCGUGCUCUUACAGUCAUCUCCAUCGUGGUGGGCAUCUUUGGCAUCCUUCUGGCCAUGGCUGGAGGAAAGUGCACCAACUGCGUGGAGGACGAGAAGUCCAAGGCAAAGGUUGCUGUGGCAGCGGGUGUGGUCUUCAUAAUUUCUGGGAUACUGUGUCUGAUCCCUGUGUGCUGGACUGCCCAAACCGUCAUCAGGGACUUCUACAACCCACUGGUCACCCAGGCACAGAAGAGGGAACUGUCAAUAACAAUGGUAUCCCAAGGCCUCCAGAUCCUAGGUGUUAUGCUGUCUAUGACAGGGUGGCUGGGGACAAUCAUCACCUGUGCGCUGCCUAUGUGGAGAGUGACGGCUUUCAUUGGAGCUAACAUUGUCACAGCGCAAGUCAUCUGGGAGGGUUUAUGGAUGAACUGUGUGGUUCAGAGUACUGGACAGAUGCAGUGUAAGGUCUACGACUCCCUGCUGGCCCUUCCUCAAGACCUUCAAGCGGCCCGAGCCAUGGUCAUCAUCUCCAUCAUAGUGGGCAUCUUCGGUGUGCUAAUGGCUGUGAUUGGAGGAAAGUGCACCAACUGCAUGGAGGAUGAAUCAGCAAAAGCUAAAGCUUGCAUAGUCUCGGGGGUGAUCUUCAUCAUCGCCGCCUUCCUUAUCCUCAUACCUGUGAGCUGGUCCGCCCAGACCCUUAUCAGGGACUUCUACAACCCCCUGGUGUUAGAAGCUCAGCGUCGAGAGUUAGGAGCUUCCCUGUAUAUUGGCUGGGGAUCUGCGGCUCUCCUGCUGCUGGGGGGAGGGCUGCUUUGCUGGAAUUGCCCCCCUAAGGAGAACCAGCCGUAUACAGCAGCCAAGUUUGCCCCUGCUAGAUCAUUGUCCCCAGGGAUGAAUUAUGUGUGAGCAACAUGGUGCAUGUUUCCAUGAGAACUCUGAACAAAUGUGGAUUCAGCUACCAUAUUAACUAUGUCUCCGGAAAGGCAUGUAUUUCUUUUCUUCUGAGAUCACAAACAUUUUCCUAUUACCUGAUUGUAGAACUUUGAUAAUAAUGACAUGGACUCUGGUU